AUGGAGAAGCUGUCCCUCGACGAGUUCGAGGAGAUCGCCGCCGCGGCGCACGUCACGGCGAGCAAGACCGUCGUCUGCCCGCCGGAUAUCCACCGCUUCGAGGUGCGCGCGGCCUUCUUCGCCAAGGGGCUGCCGUUCGUCGCCCGGGAGCUCGACGUGCCAGGCGGCGCGAACUUCGAGCCCGCGUACGUGCGCCUGCGGCUGCUGGGUGUCGGGCUGCGCACGCCCUACGACGCGCCGGGCUGGGACGGCUGCAAGUGGGACCCCUUCGGGGUGACGACGCUCGUGGACCGGGAGAAGCGGGUGGUCGUCAACGCGGCGGACAUCGUCGAGUACAUGGACGCGGAGUCGUGCAACGCGAGCGGCAUGUACGUCGACGAGUACAUGCUCAACGCGGGGAAGAUGUCGCUCAUCAGCGGCGCGCGGAGCGUCUGGGGCUGGCCCAUCACGUGGCCCUUCGAGCGGCGGCAUCUCGUGAAGAAGGCCGCGCGGCUCGUCGACGAGAUGCCGCUGGAGGACCUCUGGUUCAGCGGCGACCGGCGGCCGGCCUACGCGAAGCGCUUCUUCCGGGCGGAGGCGUCCGGGGCGGCCCAGCUGGCGUUCCUGAGGAACCAUCUGGACGGCGGCGCGCUGCCGGAUUUGCUGAAACCGCACUACGAGCGCAAGCUCGAGCGGACGGCGGCCUACUGGGCCGACCGGAAGCACGACGGCCCGGCCUUCGCGCGCGCCGUCGAGGCGACGCGGCGCCUCAUCCGCGACCUCGACGAGGACCUCGUCAAGUUCAAGGUCGGCAAGAAGUCCGACGACGGCGGCGACGCCGACGCGCCGCAGGGCGUCGGCGAGUGGCUCGGCGGCGACAAGCUGAGCGUCGGCGACUGCUACUGGCACGUCGCCGCCGCGCGGCUCGUGGGGCUCGGCCUCGGCCACAUGCUCGACCGCUACCCGCGCGCGGGCGCGUACGCGAACCGCGUGCUCCGCCACCCCGAGCUCCGCAAGGCGACCUACCUCUGGGCCGGCGCCGACGACUUCCCGCUGCCGCUGCUCGGGCCCGUCGUCCGCGAGGUCGGGGGCCGCGUCGCCCACGAGCGCCACGCGGUCCGCGUGCUCCGCGCGGCGCCGGCGCGGGACCGCGGGGGCGCGACGUACCGCCGCGCGUCGCGCGCGGACGCGGCGCGCGCCGCGGCGUCCUACGCGGCGCGGGGGUCCGCCGGCACGGCGCUCCUCGGGUUCCUGCUCCUGUUCCUCUACGUGCUCGCCGCCCAGGUCGGCCGUUUUUUAGAUUUCGGGUCCGGGGGCCUCACCAGCGCCCCGGGUGAAGGCCCGACCCCGGUGGGCGACGCCGCGGGCGCGCCGGCGGAGCGGCCCGCGGUCUGCGACGACCCGGACCGGGCCGUCGCCUCGAACCAGUGCGCCAACGUCCACGCCGUCGACGCGCGGAAGAAGAACGCGACCGCGCCGAAGCCGCCCGAGGCCGCGGCGGCCGCGCCCAACGCGAGCCUCGCGCCGGCGACGGCGUCCAAAUCGUCCUACCCUGGGCUGCCUCCGAUGGGCGUCCUUCGGCCCGCCGCCGUGGGCGCGGCGCUCUGCGGCGUGCUCUACGGGGGGCUCGAGCGGGCGGGCUGGGCCCAGGUCGUGCGCAUCCCCUUCACGACGCCGAGCACGGCGACGAUGCUCCACUUCUUCGACCGCCAGGUCAACAUCGACAACGACGCCUUCAUCGAGCGCUGGCGGGGCGCCGAGCGACCCGUGAACGCGCCGGGGCUGCUCAUCACCGUCGACGCGGACCACGCGCUGCCUGCGGACGCGACCUGCUUCGCGAAGCGCGACUGCGUCGUGCUCUGGAAGGGCUUCGUGCCUCCGGAGAUCGUCGAGAACCUCACGCGGAUCGAGCCGCGCAUGUUCAAGGACUCGAACUACUCCUUCAUGCGCAUCGGCGGCGCCGAGGUCAAGGGCGACCGGGUCUUCCGCAGCUUCGCGACCCACGGCAUGCGCGAGGGCAUGCGGCGGAUGAUCGCGGGCGAGAACAUCCAGCUCGGCUUCGACGUGAAGAUGGCCGACGAGAACCCCUGGCUCAAGAACAUCGGCCUCGAGCUCCUGGCCAAGGUCAACGCCUUCGACUCGUCCGUCAUGUACCUGGCCCAGAGCUUCCUCUACCACGGGAACCAGCAGCAGGCGAACCUGCACAACGACCCGCUCUCGGGGUUCAGCAUCCAGCUCGCGAACUCGAAGCUCUGGCGCUUCGUGAACCCGCGCCACACGCCGCGCGUGCGGCCCUUCCGCGGCGACAACCCGGGCGUCUUCUACAGCGACCUCUGCUUCCUCGAGAACGGCACGAUCCCGUUCCUCGAGGUGCUCGUGGAGCCGGGCGACAUGAUCUUCUUCCCCGAGCACUGGUGGCACGAGGUCCACCCCGUCGAACGGACGGGCUUCGGCAUGACCGUCGCCUACCGCGAGCUCGGCUUCUCGAAGCUCCUCGGGCCCUCGGCCUUCCUCUCGUCCCUCCCCAUCUUCCUCCACAAGGUCGCCGCGCUCACGGACAUGAUCGUCAACAAGCGCGCCGCCGACGCGCCCGAGAACCUCUGA